AUCAUAACAGCAUUCAAAAUUUCAACAAUAGCUGCAAAUUUCAACUUCAAAAUGCCCCAAAACACCAUCACUCACCCUCACUGGUAUUCAUCAAAAACUGGAAUUUACAACAGUAUACACUCUCCUAGGAACAUUCCAACCGACCCUUUUCUCGACCUUGUUUCCUUCAUUUUUUCUCACCCUCAUGAUGGGGUUUUGGCCCUUAUUGAUCACUCAACUGGGUCUUCUAUUUCUUACUCAAAGUUGCUACCUUUAGUCAAAUCAAUGGCUUCUGGUCUUCAUAAAAUGGGUGUUUCACAACGUGAUGUUGUUUUGCUUCUACUUCCAAAUUCAAUUUACUAUCCCAUUGUACUAUUAGGUGUUAUGUAUCUAGGUGCUGUUGUUACACCAUUGAAUCCUCUAAGUAGUGCUGGCGAAAUUCGUAAGCAAGUUAAUGAUAGUGGUGCAAGUUUUGCUUUUACUAUACCUGAAAAUGUUAAGAAACUAGAGCCAUUAGGCAUGCCUAUUAUUGUUGUGCCAGAAAAUGAAAAGGUUUUGAAGCAUGAAUCUUUCUCAUGUUUUUUUAACCUGAUUUAUGGUAACUUCGAUUUAUCUCAAAAGCCGGUUAUUAAACAAGAAGACAAUGCUGCUAUAUUGUACUCUUCCGGUACAACAGGUAUGAGCAAAGGAGUCGUUUUAACUCAUAGAAAUUUUAUUGCUAUGGUUGAGCUUUUUAUGAGGUUACAAGCUUCUCAAUAUGAGUACCCUAGUUCCAAAAAGGUGUAUCUAGCUGUUGUGCCAAUGUUCCAUAUAUAUGGUUUAUCGCAUUUUGCCAUGGGAUUAUUGUCGUUGGGCUCAACAAUCGUAGUAAUGAGGAAAUUUGACAUUGAUGAGGCUAUUACGGCAAUUGGUAAAUAUAAUGUUACACAUUUUAAUGUUGUUCCACCGAUAUUGUCGGCAUUGACAACGAAGGCAAAGGGUGUUAAGGGAAGUAAGUUGCAGAGUUUAAGACAGGUCACUUGCAGUGCAGCACCUUUGAGCAUAGCAGCCAUCAAUGAUUUUGUUCAAGCUUUCCCUAAUGUUGAUUUUAUACAGGGUUAUGGAAUGACUGAGUCGGGAGGAACAGUAGCACACGGCUUCAAUACAGAAAAGUUUCACAACUAUUCUUCACUAGGAUUGUUAGCUCCAAACAUGGAGGCAAAAGUAGUAGACUGCAAUAGUGGUGCAUUUUUGCCUCCAGGCAGCAGUGGUGAGAUUUGGUUGAGAGGGCCUUCAAUUAUGAAAGGAUACUUGAAUAAUAAGGAAGCUACAAUGUCAACAAUUGAUCAAGAUGGUUGGCUACAUACUGGAGAUAUAGUUUAUUUUGAUCAGGAUGGAUAUUUAUAUUUGUCUGAUCGAUUGAAAGACAUGAUCAAAUACAAGGGCUUUCAGAUUGCUCCUGGUGAUUUAGAAGCUGUGUUAAUUUUGCAUCCAGAAAUAGUUGAUGUCGCCGUUACAAGUGCCAAGGAUGAAGAAGCUGGGGAGAUUCCAGUGGCAUUUGUGGUUAAGAAGACUGGAAGUGUACUUUCUCUAAAGGACGUUAUCGAUUAUGUUGCGAAACAGGUUGCUCCACACAAGAAGGUUCGGAAAGUUGUCUUCACCGACAAAAUACCGAGAUCUGCGACUGGAAAGAUCCUCAGAAGGCAACUCAGAAAUUACUUAACUUCUAAACUCUAAAGCAAUUUUUAGUG